AUGAAUGGAGAAUUAGAUAACACAGCAUUACUGGAGAGUAGGAUGUUCAAUUCCAAUAGAGCAUUAGGGGAAGGAGAUUUGAGAAAAUUACUGAAGAUUUAUCGCACAGAGAUUUCGAUGGCAGUGGAUGAUGUCUUCCCAUUACUUCAUGGACUUGCUGAUCAUGAUAUUGUCACUGAAGAGAUGUUCAAGGACACUCUCCACCUGAAGGAAACUGAAGGUUGCCACAGGGCUUUUUAUACCAUGUUGACAUGGUUGCUAAAUCAGGAUUUAUCUUCCAUAGAAGAUUUCUGGAGAGUCCUUUUCAAAGAGUACAACUUGGAGAGGUAUUCCAAGCUUCAGUCCAUUUGGAGCAGCUUUCCUAAAGAUAUGGAUUUCGGCAAGCAUCGCAAAACAAAGAAAGUUGCCAUUAGUCCAAAGACUGUGGCUCAGCACAAAUCCCAAGGAAAGAGAAAGAUAGAAGAAAAAGACCCUUUGCAAUUAACUCAGCCUUCAGGGAAAAUUGAUCCGCACCUUGGGUCUCUUCCUAAAACAAAAACUGUGAAGAAAUCAGAAAAUGCUGAGGUCCAACAAUACCCUCUUCCAAGUGGCAAUGCUAAGAAAUUUGUUAAAGUUGGGGAUGAAUGUUAUACAUCAAGCAUGUCAGAAGAACUCGGAGAAAACAAAGUUUAUGAAAAGAAGCCCAGCAUGAAUAACAAAGAACUCCAGGUUUCUGAAUAUGUAUACUCACAUACUAUUAUCAAUUCUUAUUCUCUUUGGAUCUUUAGUAGUGAAGAGCAAUCUAUGUUGGGCUAGUUUCUCUGUUUAGAGUCAAGGUUAUGGUGACCAUAGAGUCUUCAUCGUGGAGAUAAAUAGGAAAUCCAAGAGCUUCUAUUAGUCUUAUUUAUAUAGCACCAAUAGAAAAGUACUUUUCAACAAGUAUUGCAUGCAUCUGCCAAUCUAUAUUAAGAAGCAAAACUAGCAACUGAAAGUGAGUAUGUGAACAUGACUAUUCAAAAUGAACAAUAGCAAGAAAAACAUUUUCAUACUGGUUCCACAUGCAAGAAACAGAUACUUCAGAAGUGGGUUGCUCCCGGUUUGGCCAAACCGAAUUCAG